GAUUAGCCACCUGCACCUUCCUUCUUGUAUAUCUUCUCAAUUCGCACCCAAAUACCCCUCCACUACUCGCAGCAACCCCUCCGCUUCGAACACACAUCUCACAAGUCCAGCCAAAAUGAGCGGUCACGGUGAUCCCAGACUUCUCUACACAAUUGGAGGCAUCAAGGCCUACCACAUCCAGCAGGGCGAGGAGUCGUCCCUCACUCCCACCGGGCCACAGACGCUCUCGCUGCUCAUGGUCCCUACGAAUUCGCCCUUCGCCGAUAUCAGCAACACACGGCCGCAGAGCGAAGCACCAGAGGAAGACUUCUACCUGCACCUUAACCUGCCGCCCGAGCUCGACCUGCCGCUUCCUGCCACCACACAGAUCUACCACCAGCCGCCGCGCAGCUACCUUAUCCCACGAUGGGACCUGGGCCCGGACAGCGGGGCGUUCACAAGGAUUGAGUUUCCCGCGAUCGGCAAGGGGCCUGGCGCAGUCACUCAGGAGGACAUCGACACAUUCGAAACUAUUCUGGCACAAUGUACUGCGUUCCUCGAGCGUGCGCAGAAUCCCUACCCCUCAGAGAAGGGCGGUCACAAGGCCUACAACCCCCAGGACUAUGCGCCUGGUCAAGGCUACGCAGGCGCAGGCGUAGCAGGCUCUAGCAAGCAGCAGCAGCACGGUGAGAUUGUGCUGGUGGACGAGGAGAACGGCAGCGUGGUUGGUGAGUUGGCUGAGGGUGCUCAGAUUGUCGAAGACCCCAGGCUACAGGCCGGAUCGAAGAAUCCGGUCGAGAUCGUUGUCUCCCCUGACGGCAAGCGCAUCGAUGUCAAGCCCCUCUCCGAAGACUACCUCGCCAUGGCCCGCCAUCCCGCGUAUAAGAACUCGGCGUUGGUGCAGAACUCGGCUGCCGCCUCACGGCUCAUCGUCACCGGGUCCAGCUAUCUCAGCAACUUAAUGGUCUCCGGCGCAGAAGGCUUCAUCAACAAAACCAAGCCGAACGAGAAGCCCAUGGUCUUCAAGCCCGCAACUCACGAGCGCGCCCGCAAGAUCAAUACCAUGACUACAGGCGUAGCUGGCUUCUCAGCUAAGACAGUUGGAAUGAUUGGCAAGCACGCUCAGAACUUCGCUGCUGGUCUCUCCGGCCACAAAAACACCCAGCACAAGAGUCUAAACCCAGACGGCACACCCAACCAGACCUAUAAGCCAGGCUUGCUCAACAAGUCCCUCAUUGCGUGGUCAACCAUUGGCGACGGUCUUGCACAAUCCGGCAAACAGAUUCUUACCUCUGGCGGCGCAGCAGCGAGUGCUGCCGUUGGUCACAAGUGGGGUGCAGAGGCCGGUGGCUUGACCGGUGAACUCGCCGGCGGUGUCAAGAACGUGGGUCUCGUCUACAUCGAUGUCACCGGUGUGACGCGCCGCGGUAUCAUCAAGAGCGUCGCCAAGGGCAUGAUUGUCGGCAAGGUUAAGAACAAGAAGGGCGAGGACCAGAAUAUCAUGGUUGGUGGUGGUGAUGGCGGUACCAUCACACCUGGCACCGCUGCCAAGAUGGAUCCCAUGGCGAACACAAGUAACACUGGUUUGCCAUCGAACGUGUCAAGCAACGAUCCUGCCGGCCAGGUCAGCUUUGGUAACCAGCCUCCGCCGAGCUACAGGACUGGUGUUGGUGAGAGCCUAGAGGGGCAGCCGGCGUACCAGGGGUACUCGAAUGAGAAGAGGUAGAGCGCUUCUGCGUAGGACGCGGCAGUAUGAGUGCAGGAACAUUUCACGAAGUACGACGUUAUGAUACAGGUAUGGUAUCCAAGCGAGCAAUAUAUGGAGGCACCAGUGAC